CAUCCCUCCCACCCCACGACGCUCCCAUUCUUCUCCCUGCCGUUUCCUCUCUCAAACCUCACCGCACGACCUCCCCUCGCGCCGUCUCCUCUCUCUCUCUCUCCUUCGUCCUCUGCCUCGGCCGGGAAGGCAACGGGGGGCAGAAGGCGAGGCGAGCUAACCUCCCUCCUCCACUCAUUCCGUUCCUCGCAGUCUGCCGACCCACCAGAGCCGGUGCCAUGGGGUCCCCGCUGCCGCCGCCGCCGCCGCUGCUGCUGCUGCUGCGCUGGCUGCCCCUGGCUGCCCUCCUGGCGGUGUCUCAGCUGCCCCGGGUGCGGUGCCUCUCGCGGGGAGAGCUGCUGUCCCACGGCUCGGCCACGGGUGACGAGGUGCUGCCCGGGGGAGAUGACAUCACCUCGUGGCCCGUCAACCUCGCCGUGCCCAUCCCCUUCUUUGAGACGACCGUCGAAGCAUUCCGGGUGAGCGUGAACGGCUUCGUGACCCCGCACGACGUGCCGGAGGAGGGCUCCUACGUGGACGGGCCGCUGCCCACGAAGUUCGGGGUCAUCGCCCCCUUCCUCGCCGACCUCGAGACCGAAGAGCUGAACGGGGGGCCGCCAGGCCACGCCGGGGGGAACGUCUUCUUCCGCGCGCUGGACGGGAGGAGCCGAGGAGAUGACGACGACGACGCCGGUGCCGGCCGCGCCGUCCUCGAUGCCGCGGCCGCCCACGUCCGCCGGGCGUUUCCGGCGGCCGGAAAUUUCGCUCCGAUCGCCGGAUUCCUGGCCACGUGGGACCGGGUAGCGGUGCACGCCAACCCCGGGCAGGUGAACACCUUCCAAGCGGCGAUCGUGUCUGACAAGGAGGACACGUACGCCGUGUUCCUCUACCCCGAGGGGGGGCUCAGUGUGUCGGGCACCGCGCCAAAGGAAGCCCGCGGGGACCGCUCCGAGGUGCCGGCCCGCGUGGGCUUCAGCAGGGGACCCAAGGUCGUCUUCAUCUUCAGCACCGAGGGCCCCUCCUACCACGUGACCCACGGCGGAGUGCCCGCCACCUCCAUGCCCCGGCGCAGCAACUCGGGCCGGCGCGGCGUGUGGGCCUUCCACAUCGGCAGCUCGCGCUCGGCCUUCUCCGGCGUGGAGGCGGCCGAGGUGGACGCGGAACCGCCGACCCCGGGGGCCUUCGACCUGAGCUACGAUGACGACGACGACGACGAGGAGGAGGAAGAGGAGGAGGAGUACAACACCGAGGAGCCUGAGUACGGCGACGGGGCCGAGGAGCGGCCCCGACGGCCCGGCCCGAACUACGACGGGCGGCCCGGAGGCGCCGACCACCACCGGGAGGGCGAGCCCGGACCGGAUUUCGGCCACCCUCAGCAGCCGGAACCGGAGCAAUUCACCCCUCAGCAGCCGCUACCGGAUAACUAUCACCCCCAUCAUCCAGAUUACCGGCACCCACAGCAGCCAGAACCGGAACAAUUCACACCGCAGGAACCGGAGCCGGAUAAUUAUCACCCCCAUCAUCCAGAUUACCGGCACCCACAGCAGCCAGAACCGGAGCAAUUCACACCGCAGGAGCCGCUACCGGAUAACUAUCACCCCCAUCAUCCAGAUUACCGGCACCCACAGCAGCCAGAACCGGAGCAAUUCACACCGCAGGAGCCGGAGCCGGAUAACUAUCACCCCCAUCAUCCUGAUUACCGGCACCCACAGCAGCCAGAACCGGAGCAAUUCACACCGCAGGAGCCGGAGCCGGAUAACUUUCACCCCCAUCAUCCGGAUUACCGGCACCCACAGCAGCCGGAACCAGACCACGCACACCCACGCCAACCCGAACCGGGCCAAUUUACCCCACAGCAGCCGGAACCGGGCAGCUACCACCCGCGGCAACCGGAUUACCAGCACCCGCAUCAUCCGGAAUCGGCUCACCGCACCCCCCAGCCGCCGGACCAGGAGCGCUACCAUUAUCCACAGCAGCCGGAACCGGAUUACCGGCAACCGCAGCCCCGGCCGCAAGAGGAUCUGCACGUCCACCAUCAGCGUCCACAGGAGCCGGAGCUUGGGAGUCGCUUCCAGGAGGUGCCCCCUCCUCCCCCGCGCCACGAGGACGCGGGCCGCGCGGUGCUGCACGUGGACGAGCCCGAGCCUGGCCUCGGCACCAACGUGUUUGUGUACGGGCCGGAGCGGGGGGCCGAGCGGUGCGACGUGGGCGGGGGGCCCCGCUGCUCCCCGCACGCCGCGUGCCGCGACCACGCGACGGGGCCGUGCUGCCACUGUGGCACGGGGUACUACGGGGACGGCAAGCUGUGCCUGCCCGAAGGCGCACCGCAGCGCGUAAACGGCAAGGUGAGCGGACGGCUGGUGGUGGUGGGCGACUCCUCCGCGGCCUCCUCGUCCGAGACAGUGGAGCUGAGCGGCUCGGACCUGCACUCGUACGUGGUGGUGAACGACGGGCGAGCGUACGCCGCCGUCAGCCAGGUCCCUGUCGAGCUGGGCUGGUCCAUGCUGCCGCUCUACAGCCUCGGCACGGCCGUGGGGUGGAUGCUGGCUCUCGAGCAGCCGGGCUUCCAGAACGGCUUCAGCAUCACAGGCGGGCGCUUCGUACGAACCUCGGAGGUGACCUUCCUGCCGGGACGCGAGAGAGUGGUCGUGACGCAGCGCCUCGACGGCAUGGACGAGCACGGCCACCUCGUGAUCGACACGCGCCUCUCGGGCAGCCUGCCCCGCCUGCCGCCCGACUCCAAGGUGUCGGUGGAGCCCUACGAGGAGCUCUACCAGUACACGCGCAACGUGGUGACGUCGACGUCGUUGCGGGAGUACGUCGUGGACUACGGCAGCGGCCGCACCGAGACGUUCAGGCAGACGUGGAAGCAGAACAUCACCUACCAGAGUUGCCCGCACGAUGACGGGGAGGGCGGUGUCCAGGUGCCACACACGCAGAGGCUGAGCGUCGGGCGAAUCUUCACUCUGUACGACGCCAGCGGCCUCAUCCUGCGCUACGCCACCACCAACAAGAUCGGCUCCAUCACCGACGAGGCGGACCAAAGCGCCUGCUACGACGGCACUCACGACUGCGACAACAACGCGCAGUGCCGGCCGGGUCGGGGCGCCGACUUCACCUGCGAAUGCGCCGCGGGCUUCACGGGAGACGGCCGCGUUUGCUACGACCAGGACGAGUGCGCGGAGUACCCGGGCGGCCGCUGCGGUCCCCACGCUCGCUGCGUCAACCUCCCCGGCACCUUCCGCUGCGAGUGUGACGAGGGUCACGUGUUCUCGGACGACGGCCGCUCCUGCGUCCCGAGCCACCGGGCUGUGAACCCGUGCGACGAUGGGAGCCACAACUGCGACUACGCGGACCGCUCGCGCUGCGUCGCCACGGGGCCCGCAGCCUUCCGCUGCGAAUGCCUCGCUGGAUACACGGGCAACGGCCGGGUGUGCACCGACGUGGACGAGUGCUCCGCGAGCCGCUGCCACUCCCACGGCGUCUGCCACAACUCCCCCGGCUCCUUCUCGUGCCGCUGCAACCCGGGCUACGAGGGCGACGGUUUCCAGUGCAGCCCCGUGCAGAACGGCGGAGGCGGUGGGAAGUCGACGUGCGAGCGGUGGCGGGACAGCCUCGUGGGCUCCUCGGGGGGCGCCGCUCUGCUCCCCCGCGGGCCCCGCCCCGUGGGGCACUACGUGCCGCAGUGCGGCGCCGAUGGAACCUUCCUCCCCGUGCAGUGCCACCACGGCACGGGCUACUGCUGGUGCGUGGACGCCGAGGGCCAGGAGCAGGCGGGCACGCGCACGCCGCCCGGCACCGAGCCCCCCUGUCUCCCGACGGCCGCCCCCCCCGUGGUGCGCCCGACGCACCGCCCGGACGUCGUGCCGCCCCCUCCCGGCACGUCGCUGGUCUUCGCGCAGGGGCAGCUGCUGAGCAGCGUGCCGCUCGACGGCACGGCGCUGCGCAAGGAGCAGGCGCGCGCCGUGCUCGUGCUGCACGGCACGAUCGUGGUAGGCGUCGCGCACGACUGCGUGGAGAACAAGGUCUACUGGACGGACAUCGCCACCCGCACCAUCAGCCGCGCCAGCCUGCACGGCGGGGAGCCCGAGGUCAUCGUCCGCACCGAUCUGCGGAGCCCCGAGGGUCUGGCCAUCGACCACCUGGGCCGCAACGUCUUCUGGACGGACUCGGGCUCCGACCGCAUCGAGGUGGCGCGCCUCGACGGCUCCCACCGCCGCGUGCUCUUCGACACGGGGCUCGUGAACCCCCGGGCCAUCGUCGCCGACCCCAGCGGAGGGCUGCUGUACUGGACAGACUGGAAUCGCGAGUCCCCCAGGAUCGAGACGGCCAACAUGGAUGGCACUGGUCGCCGGGUGCUCGUCGGAGACGACCUCGGACUGCCCAACGGACUCACCUUUGACCCCUACUCGCACCAGCUGUGCUGGGCCGAUGCCGGCACCCGUCGUCUUGAGUGCAUGCACCGGGGCCAGGGCCCACGGCGCCGCUUCCUCGAGGGGCUCCAGUACCCGUUCGGCAUCGCCGCCUACGCCGACCACCUCUACUACACCGACUGGCGCCGUGACGCGGUGGUCGCGGCGUCGCUGGGGCAGCAGACGGACGAGCACACGCCCACACAGCGCUCCCACCCCUACGGCAUCGCCACCGUCUACCCGCAGUGCCCCCCAGGUCAGAACCACUGCUCGGGGAACAACGGCGGCUGCACGCACUUGUGCCUGGCCACGCCCGGUGGACGCACCUGCCGUUGCCCUGACAACGUCGUUGGCGUCAGCUGUCAGGAGCGCAACUAGGGGCAGCUACCGCUCAUGCCCGCUGACCCCCGCCCUACACCCCGGCACCCCCGACCCCUCUCCUCUCAACUCACCCCCCACCCACCCCAUCAUCACUUGACCCCGACCCCUUAAUUUGACCUCAAAGCCAUGAACCUCUUUAGCACACGAUCCCAUUCCGAGAGCCUCGCCCGCCGUUUUCGUUCAUUUUUUUUCGACCGGGCUUCAUUUUUGGUCAGAAAAGUGUAAAUCGGUGACGUGGGGGGAAACGGGCAGGAGGAGGGCGAGGAGGGCUUCAAGGGACCGUCGACACCCGUGGCGUCCCAAUGCUCCCGGAGACCAAACGGGGAUCACCGCGGUCAAAGAAACGAGCAUCGACGCGGCGCCCACCUCCCGCUUUUCAGCCCAGUGGCAGUGGCGGAAGUGCCACCGAUCUCACGGCGGCUGCUGAGUCUCUUCCCCUAGGGUGGCACAACCGCUGUCCACUUGCUCGCAAGGGGUGGCGCGUACUCUUAUCGACUCUCGGGAAUGACGGACCCGAGGGUGAACGAAACGGGGAAUAAUUCUGCAAAAUGACGGCUUCUAGGCGGGUUCCACGUCAGGACCGCGGACCGCGCGCGUGUGCGUGCGUGUGUGUGCAUGCGUGCGCCCGGCAAUCACCCUGAUUAUAAUCACGAUUAUUAUAAUUGCAAAUAUUAUCGUUGUGUGUCAUCAAUAUUAUUGUAGCCAAGCGGUGGAUGCUAAUCCCGUUUUGGGUUGAAUCUCCAAACCGCCCCACCUCCACCAUCCCCCCCCCCUCUUCUUUUUCAAUUCAUAAACUCCAAGCGCGUUGGCAGAAGAGAGAUGCAGAUAUGAUAGAGAGGUGAGAGAAAUUCACUGGUUUGAAAUGAUAACGAACUCGCUUUCUUAGCACGUGAGUCUGAGCUGAUAUUUUAACGCACCCUAAUAUUAUAAUGUUUUUUUUUUAUCAUGAGCCCCUUUUAGUUUCUUGGGGCAACUGAACCUUGGCUCGGUUUUGUUUUUUUCCGACUCCCAGCGUCCCUCGCCAACUGAUUUACAAUCCGGCCCGAUGUCAGGGAGGGAGGGGUGGGGAAAGUCGCGAGUACAAAACCACGGCCCAUCAGUAUCCUCCGUGGCCAAUAAAAUAAGUACUGUACGGCCUCGCGCAGAAGUCAACGUUGGCCAUCUUCGCCGAGAGACUCAUCCACGCCAUGGGAAUGUGGAAUUGCCCACCACUGUGCCACUGCCCCCCCCCCCCCGUUACGAUCCCGGGGAAGGAAAUUUCGACUGAUUUAUGUUGCUGCUGCUGCAGCGUGACGUCGCGUGUCCAACUCGCGUGGUCGGAUCUGUGAACAUCUUUAAAGUUAAUAAAAAAAAACAAAUGAACGUUACAGACGCGCACAACGUGGACAAAUGCAGCGCUUGGGUGCGGGCGGUUGUUAACCGGCGAGGGCGGAUGCGCGACCGUCGAAUUCUUUACUUUUGUAUUCUCACGAGGACGACGACGACGACGAUGACUACGAUGACGACGAUGGGCCUGUUAUUAUUUAUAUUGUUUAAUGUCACUGUAAGAGACUUGCGCUGAAGUUUAACAA